AUGGUACUGAUGAUCGUUGUCAGCUCCUUGUUCCCACCCAGUGUGGACCCUGAUCCAGCACCCAGGAUUCACUGGCUCACAGGGGUGGAGGUGGGGGAUACCCCAGUGGGGACGCCCCUGAGUUGGGGAUGCAGGGAGGGUGGGCCCGGCCACCACAUCCUCGUCCACAUUCCUGGGACCAUCGCAGAGCCCUUGGAGAAGGCCAUCUUCCCUCCCUUGCCUCCCGACUGCGGCCCCGGUCCCCACACUCGGGGGCCCCCAGGCUACGGCUGCUUGGUCAGGACGCGGCCCCCACCCCCGGCACCUGGCUGCAGGCUGAGACGCAAGGAGAGCGUGGGCGCCAUCCCCAGUCGCUGGGCAUUGACGUCGAGCGAGGGGCUGGGCGGCGUGUUAGUUACCCCCUUUGAGUGGACUGCAGGUCCGCUCGGCCUGCCCUUCCUCGCGGGGCUGUGCCUGCUCUGCGGCUGCACCCUCCAGGUGGCCCUGCCCCGGCCUCGCCCCAUCGCCCCUGUGGCCCCGCACCUUCUUGUAGAGUGGACAGACAGCAGCCCCUCAUCCGAGGCCUCGCCGCCCUCCCAGCUGAGCACCGUUGCCCCGGAGGACCUGGGGCUCCUGGAGGAAGAGCUGGCCAGCCCCGAGCCUCUGAAUCCGGAGGAGGUCUCGGAGAAGGAUGCGUGCAGUCACCUGCAGUCUGACGCCUCCGACCUGGAGCAGGGCACCCCGAAGCGCUGGAAGCAGCUGGAGCAGUGGGUAGCCGACCUGCAGGGUGAGGUGGCGUACCUGCGGGGACACCGGGCCCGCUGCGAGCAUGCCACGCUGAGCCUACUGCGGGAGCUGCUGCAGCUGCGGGCCUGCCUGCAGCUGCAGGACACACAGCUGAAGAGGCUGCAGCUGGAGACGCGGCGGGUGGCUGCAGCCCCCGAGAAGGAGGCUGUCCAGUUCCCUGGCCCACAGCAGCAGAACCAGAUGCAGGCUCUGGACAAGAGGCUGGUGGAAGUCCGGGAGGCCCUAACCCAGAUCCGGAGGAAGCAGGCGCUCCAGGACUCUGAGCGGAAGGGCGCCGAGCAGGAGGCCAGCCUCAGGCUGUCCGAGCUGACUGGGAAGCUGAAGCAGGAGGAGCAGGACCGCGAGGUGGCCUGCGGGGCCCUGCAGAAGAGCCAGGAGGAGGCGGGCCAGAAGGUGGACCAUGAGGUGGCCAGGAUGCAGGCCCAGAUGACCAAGCUGGGGGAGGAGAUGAGCCUCCGCUUCCUCAAGAGGGAGGCCAGGCUGUGCAGCUUCCUGCAGAAGAGCUUCCUGGCCUUGGAGAAGAGGAUGAAGGCCUCGGAGAGUGCGCGGCUGCGGGCGGAGAGCGCCCUGCGGGAGGAGCUGGAGUGCAGGUGGCGGCAGCUGCAGGAGCUGGACACGGAGCGUGUGCGGGCCCUGCAGGGGCAGUGCCAGCAGGAAGAGUGCCACCUCCUGGAGCAGUGCCGGGGCCUGGACAAGGCCGUGGUCCAGCUGACCGAGUUCGUGCAGCAGAACCAGGUGUCGCUCAACCGCGUCCUCCUGGCUGAGCAGAAGGCCUGGGAUGCCAAGGGGCAGUUAGAAGACAGCCGGGCUGGGGAGCUGGCCACCUACCUGCAGGAGAACCUGGAGGCCAUGCAGCUGGCCGGCGAGCUGGCCCAGCAGGAGACGCACGGCGCCCUGGAGCUGGUGAGGCCGCUGGGCGGGGGGCGGGCUCACAGGGUCCCCCUUCCAGGCGGGCAGCACACUCAGCCCCGCCCCCCGCAGCUCCGAGAGAAGAGCCAGGCCCUGGAGGUGUCCGUGGCUGAGCUGGUCAGGCAGGUGAAGGACCUGAGUGACCACUUCCUGGCCCUGAGCUGGCGGCUGGACCUGCAGGAGCAGACGCUGAGCAUGCGGCUGCGGGAGACACAGAAUGAGUGGGAGGUUGCAGAGCAGCGGUGGCGGGAAGGCCUGACGCAGUGUCGAGAGGAGGCGGAGGCGCACCUGCGGGAGGUGCAGGAACGAGUGGACCGGCUGCCCCAGCAGAUAGAGGCUGUCACCGACAAGUGUGUGCUUCACAAGAGUGACUCGGACUGCAAGAUCUCUGCUGAGGCCACAGCCAGAGAGCUGGCGGUCGAGGCCGUGAGGCAGGAGCUGGCUGCCCUGCUGUCCUCUGUGCAGCUGCUCAGAGAGGGCAACCCUGGGCGCAAGAUCGCCGAGAUCCAGGGCAAGCUGGCCACGUUUCAGAACCAAAUGAUGAAAUUGGAAACCAGCAUCCAGGACAACAAGACCAUCCAGAAUCUCAAGUUUAAUACAGAAACCAAGCUGCGCACGGAGGCAAUGGCCACCCUGCAGGAGAGCGUGCUGCGCCUGUGGAGCGAGGAGGGCCCCUGGGCCCCGACGCUGAGCGGCAGGAGGGGCCCCACGUCCCUGGGGCGGCAGCAGCUCUUCAUCAAGGACAUGGCCCCCAACGACGUGGUCCCCGUGAAUCGCUGGGGCGUGUAUCAGGCCAUGAGGUGGGCAGCGGGAGCCGCCUUCCAGAGCGCCUGCAGGUCCGGGUUCAGGGGAGGCCGCAGGGCAGGGGAUGGAGGUGGGCCCCGGGCGUGAGCUGUGUCUCG